AUUGUGGGAAGGCAAGUAGAGCUGACACGGCCGCUGGUAGCAGACAGCUCAAUUUAGCUAAUAUCCUCGACUUGUGACCACUUUAAAGAAACAUAAACUUUGAGUAAUGAUGCUAUUCUGUGAUGCUACGGUAAACGGGCUUUGAAAAGGGCGAACGUAUGCCGGUGUCAACGCUGCUCUCCUGCGCACAGGCGCUUAAAGCAGAGAAGUGGGAUACUGUGUCAAUGGACCGAUGCGUUUUUAUUUUCUUGUCCAAGGGAGGCGAAUAAAGUAGCAACGGAUUAUAUCCUCGCGGUGAAUGGUUGGGGGGGCGACUGCGCUCCCACAUUCCUUUACGUCUGAAGUUUCUCAAGAUUUCUGUCAAAGACGCUGUCAAAGAUGUCGACCAGCAGCCCCGAAGCGGUGAAAAAAUUGCUGGAGAACAUGCAGACGGAUCUGCGGUCUCUCUCCAUGGAGUGCAAGAAGAAAUUCCCUCCUGUCAAAGAGGCUGCAGAGUCUGGCAUUGUGAAGAUUAAGACCAUUGCAGCCAGAAAUACAGACAUACUGGCAGCACUGAAGGAGAACAGCUCAGAGGUUGUACAGCCUUUUCUGAUGGGUUGUGGCACCAAAGAGCCAAAGAUCACUCAGCUGUGUCUAGCUGCCAUUCAGAGACUUAUGUCCCAUGAAGUAGUAUCGGAGGCAGCGGCUGGCAAUAUUAUCAACAUGUUGUGGCAGCUGAUGGAAAACGGCUUGGAGGAGCUGAAACUGUUACAGACGGUCCUGGUCCUGCUCACCACCAACACAGUUGUUCACGAUGAAGUACUGUCUAAGGCCAUUGUAUUGUGUUUCCGCCUCCACUUUACCAAGGACAAUAUCACCAACAACACGGCGGCUGCCACUGUCAGACAAGUCGUCACCGUGGUGUUUGAGAGGAUGGUAGCAGAGGAUGAACGUUUUAAAGGUAUUGUGGAGCAGCAGCCUCCUGUUCAGGGAAACACCAACCGGCGGUCUGUUAGUACUCUGAGACCCAGCGCCAAGGAUGCAUACAUGCUGUUUCAGGACUUGUGCCAGUUGGUGAACGCCGAUGCCCCCUACUGGCUGGUGGGGAUGACAGAGAUGACCCGGACAUUUGGGCUUGAGUUGCUAGAGUCAGUUCUCAAUGAUUUCCCAGGUGUAUUCCUGCAGCACCAGGAGUUCAGUUUCCUGCUGAAAGAAAGGGUGUGUCCCCUUGUCAUUAAGCUCUUCUCGCCCAACAUCAAGUUCCGGCAGGGCAGCAGUAGCGCUGCCUCACCAGCACCCGUAGAGAAACCUUACUUUCCCAUCUGCAUGAGGUUACUGCGAGUGGUUUCAGUCCUCAUUAAGCACUUCUACACUUUAUUGGUGACAGAGUGCGAGAUCUUCUUGUCUCUGUUGGUGAAGUUUCUGGAUGGGGAAAAGCCUCAGUGGCUCAGAGCAGUGGCUGUAGAGUCAGUCCAUAGGUUGUGUGUGCAGCCUCAUUUAUUAUGUUCAUUCUGCCAGUCGUACGACAUGAAGCAACACUCCACAAAAGUAUUCAGAGACAUUGUCAACGCGCUGGGAUCCUUCAUUCAGUCACUCUUUAUUGUCCCCAAUGCGGGCAAUGCUGCAGCUGUCACUGCACCUGCUGGUGGGUCAGGUUCAGGGGCUCAGGGCACAGCACAGGGUGGCCCAGGGACUGGAGGGGGCAGCGGCCCUUUGACCACCCAAGCUGCUUUUGAAUAUCGUGGUACCUGGAUCCCACUUAUGACUGUUAGUGUUCAGGGCAGCGCCAAAGCUACAUAUUUAGAGAUGCUGGAUAAGGUUGAGCCACCAUCCAUCCCAGAGGGCUACGCCAUGUCAGUGGCCUUCAGCGCGCUCCUCGACCUGGUGAGGGGCAUCACCUCCAUGAUUGAAAGAGAGCUUGCCAUGGAGGACGAAGCCGCGGCCGAGUUUAGGGAAGCUCACCCUGAGCACGAGUGGAAGCCACAGCCUGAAGCCCACUUGGUGUGGGAAGAGAUGGUCAGUGCCUGCUGGUGUGGUCUCCUGGCUGCCCUGUCUCUGCUUUUGGAUGCCAGCACGGAUGAGACAGCCACAGAGAACAUCCUAAAAGCCGAACUGACUAUGGCGUCUCUGUGUGGUCGUCUUGGGAUGGUGACGCCUCGUGACGCCUUCAUCACAGCCAUCUGCAAGGCCUCUCUGCCACCACAUUAUGCCCUAACUGUCCUCAGCAGCAGCACUGCCAACCUCUCCAGUAAAGCCUACUCCAUCCAGGGCCAGAGUGUGCAGAUUAUCAGCCCAUCCAGUGAAUCUCAUCAGCAGGUGGUGGCUGUAGGGCAGCCUCUCACUGCCCAGCCCCAGGGCACUGUGGUGCUGACUGCCAAGAACAUCCAAUGUAUGCAAACCCUGCUGAACCUGGCCCAUUGCCACGGUGCCGUGCUGGGCACCUCCUGGCAGCUGGUACUGGCUACACUCCAGCAUUUAGUUUGGAUCCUGGGGCUUAAACCAGGGGUGGGUGGUGCUCUGAAACCUGGCCGAGCAGUGGAGGGACCCAGCACGGUGCUGACCACAGCAGUGAUGACGGACCUGCCCAUAAUCUCCAACAUCCUCUCCAGACUAUUUGAGAGCUCUCAGUACCUGGAUGAUGUGUCUCUGCAUCAUUUGAUCAAUGCACUCUGUUCCCUCUCCCUGGAGGCCAUGGAAAUGGCUUAUGGAAAUAACAAGGAGCCCUCUCUAUUUGCCGUUGCUAAGCUGCUGGAAACUGGUCUAGUCAAUAUGGAUCGAAUAGAGAUCCUUUGGAGACCGUUGACAGGCCACUUGUUGGAGAAGGUCUGCCAGCACCCAAACUCCAGAAUGAGAGAGUGGGGGGCUGAAGCAUUGACGGCGCUGAUCAAAGCUGGGCUUGCCUACAAACAUGACCCUCCACUGGCCCAAAAUCAGCGGUUGCAGCUUCUGUUGCUGAACCCCCUGAAGGAGUUGUCCAACGUGCUGCACGCUGACAUUCGGCAGAAGCAGCUAGAGUGUGUCCUGCAGAUCCUGCAGAGUCAGGGCGAUAGCCUGGGGCCUGGCUGGCCCCUUGUUCUGGGUGUUAUAGGAGCCAUCCGCAAUGAUCAAGGUGAGUCAUUGAUCCGAACAGCCUUUCAGUGCCUGCAGUUGGUGGUGACGGACUUCCUCCCCACCAUGCCUUGCACGUGCCUCCAGAUUGUCGUGGAUGUAGCCGGCAGCUUUGGCCUUCAGAACCAGGAGCUCAACAUCAGCCUCACGUCCAUUGGCUUGCUGUGGAACAUUUCCGACUACUUCUUCCAAAGAGGCGAAGCCAUCACACAGGAGCUGGAGAGAGAGGAGGAAGCUCUACAGAAGCAGGCCCAGGAGAAAGGAGAGACCCUUAACAGGCCUUUCCACCCAGCCCCUCCUUUCGACUGCCUCUGGCUGUGCCUGUACGCCAAGCUGGGCGAGCUGUGUGUCGACCCGCGGCCUGCCGUGCGUAAAAGUGCCGGGCAGACACUGUUCUCCACCAUCGCUGCCCACGGAACCCUGCUGCAGCAGCCGACGUGGCACAUCGUAGUCUGGAAGGUAUUGUUCCAGUUGCUGGACUGUGUCAGAAAGUCGUCCACCACAGCAGACAAAGAGAAAAUUGAGUCUGGUGGUGGGAACAUACUUAUCCACCACUCGCGCGAUACUGCUGAAAAACAGUGGGCGGAAACGUGGGUGCUGACGUUGGCUGGAGUGGCGCGUAUUUUCAACACCAGGCGAUAUCUCCUUCAGAAGUUAGGAGAUUUCUUUGAGGCCUGGGAGGUUCUGCUCAACCACAUUCAGUCAGCUGCUCUUAGUAAAAAUAAUGAGGUCUCCCUGGCCGCCCUCAAGAGCUUUCAAGAAAUUCUACAGAUUGUUACACCUGUUAAAGACUUGGACAAAGCAGGGGACGCACUUGCCGCCAUGGGCGUCCCUCCAGUCCUCAUCGACCCCCUCUCAGCAUCCGGUCCCGGCAGACCCUUGGUGCGAUCAGAUUCACUUGUUGAAAGGUUGACGAGGUACAACGGGGCCGAGUUGCAGGCGCCGCCACCAGGGGAGGAAUCGGCUUUGGAGGACUCUGCAUUGUGGUGGUCUGCGUGGAACACGUGGUAUCGAACAGGAACGGACAGCACAAGGCCACCAAGUGGCCCGACAGAGAAGCUCUCCUUCAUCCCCAGCCAGCCGUUCCUCACGGCAUUGAUACAGAUUUUCCCAGCACUCUACCAGCACAUCAAAGCCAAGUUUAGCAUGGAGGAUCUGAAAAAGCUCGGGGUCAUCCUCCAUGGGGCCGUGUCUGUGCCUAUCAGCAGCGAUGCCUCGCCCUUCAUCCUCCCCUCCUACACUGAGGCAAUACUCACCAGUCUGCAGGAAGCUGUGCUUACAGCUCUGGAUGUUUUGCAGAAGGCCAUCUGUGUGGGCCCGGAGAACCUGCAGGUCAUGUACCCAGCCAUCUUCGAACAGCUGCUACUUUUCGUGGAGUUCUCCUGCAAGCCUCCUCAGUACGGCAGGAUGGAAACCAAACACGUGGCUAACGCCAAAUACAACCAGAUCCAGCUGUUUGCACCGGCAGAAUGGGUUGCCUUAAACUAUGUGCCCUUUGCUGAGCGCUCUUUGGAGGUGGUGGUGGACCUGUACCAUAAAACAGCGUGCCACAAAGCUGUCAUCAAUGAGAAAGUUCUGCAGAAUAUAAUCAAGACUUUAAGAAUGCCUCUUGGUUUGAAGUAUGCCUGUCCGUCAGAGAGCACAUGGAAGCUCGCCGUUACGUCUCUGCUUAAGGUGCUGUCCAUCGGACUGCCAGUUGCACGCCAGCAUGCCUCAUCUGGGAAGUUUGACACUAUGUGGCCAGAGUCGGCCAAUGCCUUUGAAGACUUUCUUUUUACCAAAAGCACUCCUCCGGACAAUCUGUCCAUCCAGGAAUUUCAGAAGAAUGAAGCCAUUGAUGUUGAGGUGGUCAAGCUGAUCAGCACGGAGAUUUUACCUUUUGCCAACUUCAUCCCCAAAGACUUUGUUGGCCAGAUUAUGACUAUGCUUAAUAAGGGUUCCAUUCACUCCCAGUCUCCAUCAUUUACAGAAGCUGAGAUAGAUGUUCGGAUGCGGGAGGAGUUUUCCAAGGUGUGCUUUGAGACCUUGCUGCAGUUUUCUUUUAGCAACAAGGUGUCCACCCCACAGGAGGGUUACAUCUCUCGAAUGGCACUCUCCGUGCUCCUCAAGCGCUCCCAGGAUGUUCUCAGACGCUACGUUGAGGAUGAGAGGUUGAGUGGACGCUGCCCCUUGCCAAGGCAACAGGUGACAGAGAUUAUAUUUGUAUUGAAAGCUAUCAGCACUUUGAUGGACUCCCUUAAAAAGACACAGCCAGAAAAUGUGGAUGGUAACACGUGGGCUCAGGUGAUCGCCCUGUACCCCACACUGGUAGAGUGCAUUACGUGCUCCUCGUCUGAGGUGAGCUCAGCCCUGAAGGAGGCCCUGGGGCCCUUUAAAGACUUUAUGCAGCCACCUGUCUCCAAAGUCCAGAACGGAGAAUCCUGACCAGGCUCGCUUUCAGCUCCUCAUUUUUUAAUGAAGAAAUCUUGAAUCUUUAUUCUUUACCCCGGGCAUUUCACCAGUGCUUGGACACGGACUCUACAUGAGCUUCAUCUGCGGUGACGUUGAGCAAACGAGGCUGCCUCAGAGCACAUCAGUGACCCUGAACUUCAUAUGCAUCAUUGUGUGCUUCUCAUGUGAGCUGAUGACGCAUUCGGCCCCCACCCCCCCCCCUUCCGACCCCUCCAUUCCUCAUAUAAACUGAUUGCAAUUGCCUGUCAACUACAAAAGAUUAAAAGAAAAAUUGCAGUGUUGCCUCUGGGUUUUUGUUUGUUUUAUUCUCCCGAGAAGCUGCAUCAAUGUACAUUGUGUGGUGAUAGCAUUGAUUAUGUAAUUAAUUUAAAAAAAACAGCAAAAAGUGGGGCUUAUUAAUCGUAAAGAUGAACAAUUAGAUUUCUGCAACAUUUUCAGCAGUCAAGAUUUUAUGCAAAAAAGAAAUAAAAAU